GUGUCACGUGUCAACCCUGUUACUUCUCAAGCGCAACCCGUUGACCUAUCGAUCGCUAUCGAUCGAUUGUAUGGUUGAUAAAGUGCUAUGAUGAUUCCGUUAAAUCGUUUUUUAAAUAUUUUCAUAACAUUCAUCGGCCCCAAUGUCUCCCCAUUUAAUUUCAAUUUUGUCUCUGUUCUAUUCAAAACAAACAGUUUAUCUGGCGUUGAACCGCAUCAAAUGGUCGCGGUUGUUGUGCCGAAUGAUUACCCUCAUUAGGCUAACUAGUGCACUGGUCGAGCGAUCCGGAGAUACUAUCUGGAAGAAGGAAAUGGCUAUAAAACGGCCCCCAAACUGAUCACCGAACGGUCGUUUCACAGCACAAGCUUGGAAAUGACAAGCAGCACUCUGCAAGGAUGGUUGUGGAUGUUGAUAGUGUCACUGUUGGUGUACAGUUCGUUGAUCUCGGCGAGAAUCAUGAUCACCAAGGUAGAGCAUGAGUCGAACCCGGACUAUCUGACGAUGAAGGUGCAGGUGAAUAACGAGACGCAGGGUAGCACGGUCGACGUCGAUGGGACACUGUUUCUGGAUGUGACGCAGGGUAUCUUCGUUAACAUCGAGCUCGAUUCGAAGAUGGACGGCGAGUACAUGACGAUGAUCGGGACAAACAAGGAGAUGUGCAGCACCGAGGAAGGAGGACUGGAUCCGGUCGUACCGAUGUUGAACGAGGAGAUGGAAAAGUACGGCAACAUGAGCUUCGUCUGUCCCUACAUGCAGGGUUACUAUGUACUGCGCCGCUUCCAUAUGAGCGACGACCACAUGCUGGUCAAGAUGGUACCGCCCGGCGAUUACAUCUUCAAGAUGGACCUUAAGCACCAGCGAGAGAACGAAACGACGAAGGUGCAGGUGUUUAAGCUAGAUUUUUAUUUCACCAUUUCGUAAGCGGUGGUCAGUGCGAGCGAGCGAGCGACCCAAAUAAAGAGCGUGCACCGUCGUGGUGCGAGCAAAGUUCCAAAAGCUAAGCCGCCGUCCCCGAUACACUGA